AUGCAAAAUCCAUUCAAUGCAGGACAAAACAAUAAUGAUCCAAAUAAGAGUGGAAGCAACUUAUUUGGUGGAAUUCAACAACCCAAUCAGAGCACCACCAAUAAUUCGAACACGAAUAUGUUUGGAAGCAACUCAAAUCUAUUUGGUGCAGGACAAUCACAAACUGGACAGACUACCAUUUUAGACAACAAUUCUAAAACAAAUGCGACGGUUAGUAGUGGAAUAGUGGGCAGUAUUCAAGACAACAGUCUAAAUUUGUACAAUUUGACACUAAAAGAAAUUCUGGAGAAGCAAACAACAAUCUUAGAUAAGAACAUUACUGAAUUUAAGAAGAGUGCUGAACAGGUAUUUGAACAGGAUAUGAAGUUGAUAGUGGCUAAGACAAACUACGUGAACAUUCAAGAGAAAAUCAAGAAGAAUGGCACGAAGAUGGAUGAACUGAUUGAAGGACUUGACUUUUUCAGUGCAGAACUAGACAAAUUGGACACUAAGGAAGAGAAUGCACAUGAGAAUACAAAAAUAAUUGCGGAGUUUGAGGGACUAACUGACAAGUUCUAUGAGCAGGUUGAGAACUUCUACGAUGAGAAUGGAAAUGUGAUGGAUUUAAUCAAUGAAAACUAUGAACUGGUUGACAAAAUAGACGCAAUGCUUGAUGAUUUGGAAAGCAAGGCAGAGUCACUGUAA